AUGCGAACUCGAUCGAGUCGGUCUACUGAAGACUUGGUCGAGCUAGACUUUACAACGGGUAGAAAGAGAGUUCAGAGGUCACAGAGGGUACAAGUGGAACCUGAGGUGCUUAUGCUGAUACAAUGGACGUUCCAGAGGGGAAUGGAAACCCUUUGGGAAAUGGACUCGGUCGAGCUAGGCAAACUCGACCGAUUGGUCAAGGAGAUGCUCCAAACCGCCACCAACAGAGACAAGGGAUUGUUCCACCACCAGUGCAGAACCACAACUUUGAGAUCAAGCUGGGAAUGA